GAGUUCAGUUAACGGUUUCAAAGCAGUUGUUGUCCUGAGAGCUUUUUGUUCCGUGGGUUGCCUAACAUUAGCUACGAUUUAACGAUCUUUGAUGACGCUACUUGGGUCACUUCUUAUCGAUAGUUUAAUAUUUGAAUUUCUUUGACAGUUUUAUAUAUAAUCUUUGAAUAUUAACUGGUUAAUAUCUUUGAUUUGUUGUAAAAUAUGCAAACUUAUGCGGAAGACGCGAAAAUGGCGCAGCGAUUUACAGGUCCACCUGCAGCCGGACCUGGUGUGCCUCCUCAGCAGAGGUAUCCUCCACCGCCAGUGCCACCUUUGAGGCAGUAUGCGGGUCCCAGCUUUCCGCUUCAGCCACGUCCAGCAUUUAAUCCGCCUCCUACUAUGGGCUCUUCUGCUGGACCAAACAUGAUGCCCAGACCUCAGCAGCCAACCUCUUAUCCACCAAUGCGACAGGGACCUAUGACACAGCAGUCAACAUCCAAACGACCGUCUGACAACAGACCACCUGCACCUCAACCAAAAGCAGACUUUCCACACACAACAGGCAAGAAAAAGAAGAAACUUGCUGAUAAGAUUCUUCCACAGAAAGUUAGAGAUCUUGUCCCUGAAUCUCAAGCCUAUAUGGAUCUGUUGGCUUUUGAACGAAAAUUGGAUUCGACAAUAAUGAGAAAGAGAUUAGACAUCCAGGAAGCAUUGAAGAGACCAAUGAAGCAGAAACGGAAACUUAGAAUCUUCAUAUCCAAUACUUUCUACCCUGCCAAGGACCCAUCGGAGGGAGAAGAAGGAAGUGUGGCUUCGUGGGAACUUCGUGUUGAAGGAAGGCUUCUUGAAGAUAGCAAGAAUGAUCCAAAUAAGGUGAAGAGGAAAUUUUCAUCAUUCUUCAAGAGUCUAGUCAUAGAACUUGACAAGGAUCUCUAUGGGCCAGAUAAUCAUCUAGUUGAAUGGCAUAGAACGCCAACAACACAGGAAACAGAUGGUUUUCAGGUGAAACGACCAGGAGAUAAAAAUGUACGCUGCACGAUUCUCCUUUUGCUGGAUUACCAACCACUGCAGUUCAAAUUGGAUCCUAGACUUGCAAGACUUCUUGGUGUGCACACACAAACACGACCCGUUAUCAUCAGUGCUCUCUGGCAGUACAUAAAAACGCACAAACUACAAGAUGCACAUGAAAGGGAAUACAUUAACUGUGACAAGUAUUUGGAACAAAUAUUUGCUUGCCAGAGAAUGAAAUUUGCAGAAAUUCCUCAGCGUCUGAAUCCUUUACUUCAUCCUCCUGAUCCAAUUGUAAUCAAUCACACUAUCAGUGUGGAAGGUGCAGAACAGAAACAGACCGCAUGUUAUGACAUCGACGUAGAAGUAGAUGAUACCCUGAAAACACAGAUGAACAACUUCCUGCUCUCAACAGCAAGUCAACAAGAAAUUCAGAGUUUGGAUAACAAGAUCCACGAAACUGUUGAGACAAUUAAUCAGCUAAAGACAAACAGGGAGUUCUUUCUCAGCUUUGCUAAAGAUCCUCAGCAAUUCAUCAAUAAGUGGAUAAUUUCACAGACGAGAGAUCUAAAGACAAUGACCGAUGUUGUGGGUAAUCCAGAAGAGGAAAGGAGAGCAGAAUAUUUCUACCAGCCUUGGACACAAGAAGCAGUCUGUCGCUAUUUCUAUACAAAAGUGCAGCAGAAACGAGCAGAACUUGAACAAGCAUUGGGUAUCCGUAAUGCUUAGUCGGAACUGUCAUGCUCACAGAGGAAUAAUACAUGUUAAUUCGACACUAUUUGUGGUUGUGACUGCUUUUCUGUUUUGCUCAUUUUCUUUUAGUGGCUUCUGGAAAGUGCUUUUGGAAAGCUGCUUGUUUGUAAUUCUGAUAAAGACUGUUAUUGCAAAAACUUUCUUGUGAUACCUUGGUAAACUAUCAACAAAUUUAUAUUUCAUCUGACUGAAUUUUAUAAGUGAGACAUGUUUGAUAGUUGUACAACACUAAGUAGAUUUGGUUACUUAUAAUUUUACUGUAUUUAUCUUUCCUGCUAUGAAAAGCAAUUGUUUAUUAGAAUUUAUUGCAUUCCACUCCAUUGAAACCUUCAGUUUAAUAAGAUUGAACACUUGUUCUGUACAAUAGUUUCCUCAGUGUAUAGUGUGUGUGAAUUUACAGUACUUGCAGAUUUAAUUAGAAUAUUUCAUGCAAACGAUACUAGUGUUACCCUCAACUCCUUUUAUUCAUUGUACUUGUUUGAAGUACAGAUUGAUGUAAUUCAUUCUAAGUGUAUGUUAUGUGUCUACUAUCAGUAAAAAAAAAAAAAAAGUCAUGGAGAUUCAAUAAACUCGAUGGCUAUAGUUGUAAACUCAUCUUUUGAAUGUUGAGAUGUCACUCCAGUAAGAGGUAAUAAAGAGCUUAAUUUGCAGUUCUACUUCA